CCAUCUCUGGCUGCUCUACACGCACUUGCAACGAGCGCCAUCGCCAGAGCUUGUGAGUACAAGCGGCUAGCCUCUUCAGUCUUCAGUGAUCAGGCAGCAACGACUCAGAGCCCUACACGUGCACACACACGCAUCCAUGGCGGCCGCUUCCUCUCGCUCCGCUUCUCUUGGGCUGCUGGUAGCCGCGCACUGCGCCCUCCUCCUCGCCUUGGCUGGCGGCGCUAGUGCCGGUGGCGUGGCGCUGAGCUCCACGUUCUACGACGCGUCGUGCCCCACCGCCUACGACGUCGUCCGGCGCGUCAUCCAGAACGCGCGCGUCUCAGACCCGCGCAUCCCGGCCAGCCUCAUCCGCCUCCACUUUCACGACUGCUUCGUCCAGGGCUGCGACGGCUCGCUCCUCCUUGACGACGACCUCCCGACGAUCCAGACCGAGAAGAACGUGCUUGCCAACAACAACUCGGCGCGCGGCUUUCCCGUGGUCGACGACAUCAAGGCCGCGCUGGAGCACGCGUGUCCCGGCAUCGUCUCCUGCGCUGAUAUCCUCGCCCUAGCGGCUGAGAUCUCCGUCGAACUCGCAGGAGGGCCACGAUGGAGCGGGCUGCUCGGCCGGCGAGACGGCACGACGACCAACGUCGAGAGCGCCAACAACCUCCCGAGCCCUUUCGACUCCCUGAACGUUCUCCAGGAGAAGUUCAGAAACUUCAACCUCGACGACACUGACCUCGUCGCCCUCCAAGGAGCGCACACGUUCGGCAAAGUGCAGUGCCAGUUCACGCGGGAGAACUGCACGGCCGGGCAGCGUGAGGGUGACCUGAAGAACCUGGAUCAGGUCACACCCGACCUGUUCGACAACAAGUAUUACGGCAACCUGUUGGAGGGCCGCGCCCAGCUCCCCUCCGACGAGGUCAUGCUGUCCGACCCCACCGCGGCGGCAACCACCGCUCCCGUUGUUCAGCGGUUCGCAGGCAACCAACAGGAUUUCUUCAGGAACUUCGCGGCGUCCAUGAUUAAGAUGGGCAACAUCAGCCCCUUAACAGGGAAGGAUGGAGAGAUCAGGAAGAACUGCCGGAGAGUCAAUAGCAGAGGGUACUGAAGAAGGCUCUGGUUCAAAUCGAUUGGUUUCUCUCCUUUUUUCUUGAACCAAUUGUAGGAUGAUUCAUGUGUAGUUUUUGUGUUUUCUCAUUUCCUUUCUGAAUGUGAAAAUGUAUUACACCUAUGCAUGCUCAUUUCAAGAGAAUUUGAUUUUGUGUGA